AUGGAUGCCACGUCCUUCUGUGGUGCGCUUCCCCAGACGAAGCUCUCUGCUUCGAAUCAUAAUUUCUCAAGGUCAUGUCUGCGAGCUAGAUCUAUUGUUUCAGCAGUUCGGAACUCGUCUGGGGAAUUUCAACUACUUGAUAAACAUUAUUCUCAAGAAUUAGUGGUUUCGAGUUCUAGUUCGGCUAAUAAGGGAACGGCAGUUAGUGGGGGAUCAUACUUGUGUAGUCCGGUUCUGAAGAGAAAUCCAGUUGGGCAAGCAUUCUGCGCUGCCUCGGUAGGAGUAGGCACAUAUUGUGAAGAUUUUGUUGAUUCUCAUUCGCAUGUGACAGAAGAAAAGGUUGGGGUGCUUCUUUUGAAUCUCGGAGGGCCAGAAACACUUAAUGAUGUCCAACCGUUUUUGUUCAAUUUAUUUGCUGAUCCAGAUAUUAUAAGACUUCCCAGGCUGUUUCAAUUUCUUCAGAAACCUUUGGCAAAAUUAAUUUCUGUGCUCCGUGCUCCUAAAAGUAAAGAAGGGUAUGCUUCCAUUGGUGGUGGCUCGCCUUUGCGUAAAAUAACAGAUGAGCAGGCUGAUGGAAUCAAAAUGGCUUUGAAAGCAAAGGGUUUGAGUGCAGAUGUCUAUGUUGGAAUGCGGUAUUGGUACCCAUUCACUGAGGAAGCAAUCCAUCAGAUCAAGCGGGACAAGAUAACAAAGCUUGUUGUGCUGCCACUUUAUCCACAGUUCUCAAUCUCCACAACUGGGUCGAGCCUUCGCGUUCUCCAAAAUAUAUUUAGAGAAGAUGCAUAUCUAUCAAGGCUGCCAGUUGCCACUAUACAGUCCUGGUAUCAACGAGAAGGUUAUAUAAAUUCUAUGGCUGACUUGAUUGGCGAAGAGCUACAAAAAUUUGCUAAGCCUGAAGAAGUUAUGAUAUUCUUCAGCGCCCAUGGAGUGCCAUUGACUUAUGUGGAGGAUGCAGGAGAUCCAUACAAAGAUCAAAUGGAGGAGUGCAUCUACUUAAUAAUGCAAGAGUUAAAAGCUAGAGGAUUUCGCAAUGAUCAUACCCUUGCUUACCAGAGCCGAGUUGGACCUGUACAAUGGCUGAAGCCUUACACUGAUGAAGUUCUUGUUGAGCUUGGCCAGAAAGGUGUUAAAAGUCUUCUAGCCGUGCCAGUAAGCUUUGUCAGUGAGCACAUAGAGACACUUGAAGAGAUUGAUAUGGAAUAUAAGGAGUUGGCUCUUGAAUCUGGCAUUGAUAAUUGGGGUCGUGUACCUGCUCUGGGUUGCACCUCAUCCUUCAUAACAGAUCUGGCCGAUGCGGUGAUAGAAGCCCUACCUUCAGCUAAAUCCAUUUCAACCACAAGGAGCGCCUCCGAAGAAGCUGACCAUGACUUUUUGAGCUAUGCUAUUAAAAUGAUUUUUGGUUCGGUCUUAGCGUUUGUCUUGCUUUUGUCCCCAAAAGUGAUUACGGCAUUCAGGAACCAUCUCUUUUAA